CGCACAGAGACUUAAGCGUGUUUACAAAAUGGCAAAAGGAGAGAAACAUUUCUGAUGUUGUCCUCUAAGGCUCCCCUUUUAUUUCCACUUCCUACUUCCUGUUUCCAGCCUGGCUCUGCAAUCAGUCUAUUUCAGCUAUGGACAGGUACUUCCUGUUUCUGUGAACUUGACGGCAGCCCUCGAAGGUUCAGCUAUCAUGCCUGUUAGUUUUGGGACCUUGUAACCCUCCAGAACCCACCCUCCCAACUCCCUCACCACCCCCCUUUCACCUCCCUUGUCUAAUCCACAAAAGAGCUUCACGAAAAUGGAGGCUCGUGAAUCAGCUGCCGCUGGGCAGAAGUGCCCAAAUAAAGAACCAGUAAAGGACAAGACGCCUCUGCAAAGAAAGUGGGCCUCUGAGCCUUCUGCAACCACCAAACGAAGCACUUUUGCUGACCCGGAGGCAAAACAUCGGGAGAGUUUGCCGUGCGGUGCCACCGGGGGAUCAGCGCCCCAGCAGAAGUACGGAAUCACAGGGAAUACUGGGAAGCUGCUAUCUGGACCCUCCGCAGUUGGGGCCAUAGGAGGCCCGCCAUCUCAAGACCCCCAAGGGCCCUUUGCUCAGGGGUUCCCGAGGGGAUACGCCUACCAGCUGGGCCAGCCGUACCCUCAGCACCCUCAAACUGAGCGCUUCCUCUCAGGAGCCAAACCACAGCCAGGCCUCGAGCCUCACGCCUGGCCAUUUGCCGGCCAGUUGCCCUCAGAUGAUUUAUACCCUGUAGGACACCCAGGACACACUCACCCACACGGAGUUGGGGCAGGGAGGUUUCCACGGCAGAAAUCUCCCAGUUUACCCAGCUCCUUUGGACAGUAUUCUCAGUCAGGCCCCGAGCCUGGAGAUGAGUGCUGCGGCAAAAAAGAGCAAAAACCGAAAAAACCCGGAAAGUACAUCUGUCACUACUGUGGCCGAGCUUGCGCCAAGCCUAGUGUCCUGAAAAAGCACAUCCGCUCACAUACUGGAGAGAGGCCAUAUCCCUGCGUACCCUGCGGCUUUUCCUUCAAAACCAAGAGCAACCUUUACAAACAUCGCAAGUCCCAUGCUCAUGCCAUAAAGGCUGGACUCGUACCAUUUUCAGAGCUAGCUGUGGCGCGCAGUGGGGACAUGGACCAGGCGUCCCCAGUGGGCGAAGCUGAGGUCCACUCAGAUGGAGAGCAGAGCACUGACACAGAUGAGGAAGGUGUGGAGGGCUCGACCAUGCUGACCGACAAAGACAGCCCCAUCCCACAGCUGUCCUUUGAAGCUGACAAGAAUACAGGUGGUGUGGAACCAGCAUAUGCAGAUUCAGCUGAAGAAUUGCCCGUGGGGUCUAUGAAAGUGCCUAUUCUUAUUGUCCCCAAGUCGGGGGGAGUCCCCUCCACAGGGAUGGAGUGCCCACCCUUUCAAGACAUAAAAGCAUCACACCACAUGUUGGCGUCGCAGGCUGGCAGAAGAGUACAUUCACUGGAUGACUCCCCCACCAUCAAACAGCGACUGGCUCUGAGACUGAAUGAGAAAAAAGGCCAGGAUCCUGACUCUGCCAUGUCCCAGUCCCUGAACCUCCUCAGUCCUCACAGCAAGGGCAGCACAGACUCUGGCUACUUUUCCCGCUCUGAGAGUGCAGAGCAGCAGAUCAGCCCUCCGAAUACUAAUGUAAAGACGUACGAAGAGAUUAUGUUUGGUCGGACUUGGUACUACCGACCCAACUCCAGAUCUAGACAGUCUAUCACGGUGGGUAUGGCUGGGGCGGACCCGAGCAGCCUAGCUAGCUUAAAGCAACCAGGUGCAAUUCUGGACAUGGGGAAGAUAUCUGAGGAUCAUAUCUGUUUCAGAGGGGAUGUAGGAAUCUCUGGAGAUCCCAAGCAGUAUCCAACAGGACCUUGUCAGAGCAGUACAGGGCUUCUGGAGCCUCCAUCGGAUUCAGGAACCCUUAUUAGGAGUAACUCCAUGCCAACUUCCUCCCCUCCUAACCUAAGUGUCCCUCCAGCAAUUCGAGGCAGCCACUCCUUCGAUGAGAUGAUGACGUCUGAUGAUGUGUUUUACCCACCAGGGCUUCGCAGACUCAGAAGGCAGGCCGCAUUCGAACAUUCAGCCAAUGAAGCCCACGUAGGAGAGGCUGAGGGCUACGGACAUAUGCCUAAGACUUUACCUUCAUCUCUGGGUAUGAAGAUUAGUGAGCGACCCCCGGGAGUCCCAGAGCACGUUGCCUAUAGCCCAUAUGGUACUAAAGUUAGCAUGUCAGAAAUCGCCACAAGAAAAAGAAGGAAAGAGAAGAGUGUUGGGGACGAGGAGGACAGCCCUGGACACUGUGACAGUAGCUGUAGUGGUUCAGUAGAGAUGAUGGGGGACUAUGAAUUUAAAGGUAGUUUUGAUGGGUCCAGAGGAACCCCAACAGGGAAGGGCUCUCUUCACAGUGCUCACAGCCAGUCUGACAGCUUUGACACCUGUGCCAGCAUGUGCUCUGAGGACAUUGCACUGUUUACUGACUCUGAGGGGAGGAAGGCAGCUGGGAAUGUUAUAUCAGUAAUCCAGCACACCAACUCCCUCAGCCGGCCAAAUUCCUUUGAGAAGUCAGAGUCCUUUGAGCAGCCAGGUUAUCAGCCUUCAGAAAAAGCUCCAUCUAGCCAGUACUCUGAACAGUCCGACACAGAGAUCUUUGAAGAUGCUCUGAGUCCUGAGUCUGCCCUUUUGAGGACGGAGAGUAUGGAGCAGCAGCUGCAGAGUGACAGUGACAUGGCCUCCCUCUCAUCUUCAUCAGCUGCAGCUUCACCUGGCCAGCCUUAUCACAUCCCACACAAACUAGUCCGGCAACCCAACAUCCAAGUUCCUGAAAUCAGGGUGACGGAGGAGCCAGACAAGCCUGAGAAAGAUACCGAAGCUCCAAUGACCAAGGAACCGGAGAAGCAGCAGCAGCAUGUGGAGGAGUUCCAGCUGCCACAGAGGAGUGACACUCUCUCCCAGAUGCCAUCAGAAAAGCUCCCACCUAAGAAGAAGAGGCUGCGCCUCGCGGAUAUGGAGCACUCGUCUGGAGAGUCUAGCUUUGAGUCGACCUGCACCAGCCUUUCUCGCAGCCCCAGUCAGGAGAGCAACCUGUCCCACUCCUCUUCCUUCUCCAUGUCCUUUGACAGAGAUGAAGGCCUCAAGUCUGGCUCACCUACCAAACAGGAUGACUCGUCGGCCCCCGGUGGUGGAGCUAAACAGUCGGAGUUCCUCACGGUGCCUGGUAGUGGUCAUUCCAGCCACCAGCAGCAGAGGGAGAUGAGGAGGUCUUCAUCGGAACAGGCACCAUGCACACUGCCCACAGAGUUGCCUGAAAUGCGCAGCAAAUCCUUUGACUAUGGAAGCCUGUCCUCGUCACGACAGGGAGAGCUUUACUCCAGUGCCUCUGCAAUGAAGGAACGGCGGCGUGGAUAUCUUGUUCGACAGGCUUCAUUGAGUGUUUACCCAGAGGCAGUCACUCAGGAACCAGGGGGUGCUGAGAUGUCAAUCAAACAGGAGAGCUUGGAACAGGGCGUGUGGUCUGGCCCGACAGGAUCCCCACACAGCAGCAUCGAUGUGGCCAGCCGAACCAAGAGAGUUGGCAGUAGUCCUGGUGGAUCUCACCAACACCAACAGCACCACCAGCAUCUACUCCAGCAGAGUAUCAGUGAGGACAGCCUGCAGGACGAGCCUCUCUAUGGCAGGUCCCAGCAGCAUCGCCUGCAGGCCCAGGGUUCGUCAUCUGAGGGGGAACAUCCAUGUCACGAGGUCAUGAACAAGGAAGGCAUCCAGCAGUACCAAAGCAGUCCCCCCUUCCUUUCUUUCCAGCAACCAGGUCUAUUCUGGAAUCAGGAGGCUAGUCCGACGCCCAGACCGCAGCUGACCCUCCAAGCCCAACAACAACUCCAGAAACUACACAUCAGAUCUCCGGGCAACCUACCUGGACACUCACUCCACAAACAACAGCAGCUUCACUCCCUGCAGCAAAUCCAUGAACAGCCACAUGAUGGAAAACCGGAAAAUCCAAGCUCUCAGAUGUACCCUGCUUCUUUCUCAUCUCGCAGCUCCCCUCUAUCCCAUCAGCAACCACAAAACUUUGCCUCUCUCUCCUCUAAGCUCCCCCUGCCCAGCUCCACCAACACCUCCAUGCUUCUCCAGCAGAUGCAACCUGUCUUUGCCACCCAGAACCUGAGCUCCCAAGCCUCUCUGCCCGGUAUAUUAGUUCCUGUGCGGAUCCAAACCCAUGUGCCAUCGUUUGGUAGUGUUAUGUACACCAGUGUUAGCCAGCUGAUAACUACCCAUGGCAGCGGAGCACACGGUGUAGGCUUAGCCAGGCCAGGCGGUGCUGACAGCAGCAACAUGUCUCCUCCAGUUGGCGUUAUGAAUGUCAGUAAACCCCCUGGAGGAGUUGGAGGAGGCAUAAGUGGAUCAGGGUUCAACCUAUCACACUUCUUGGGACAGACUGAUGGGGCAGUGCUACGCUAUCCAAACUGGAAGGGUCCAGAUUCACUGCCAGAGCAACGUGUGAACACAGGGAUCCCGCUGUCACUAACGUCAGGCACCAUUUCCACCACAGACGCCUCGGGAUCUGGCAUCGGAGGCAGCAAACGAAUGCUUUCUCCUGCCAGCUCUCUGGAGCUCUUCAUUGAGACUAAGCAGCAGAAAAGAGUGAAGGAGGAGAGGAUGUAUGGACAGAUUGUUAAGGAGAUGGGUGCUGUUGAGCUGAGUGGGACUGAAACCAGUAGCAAGCCUGAGAAGGAUCCAGGCAGAGCUCAUCGAGCUCCUCUUAAGAGCGAAGGCUCUAUGGAUGAUUCUGAAAGGAUGUCUUCUUCUCCUCCACUAAGCGACUUUCCUGUUGCCACCAAAAUUGCCAUUCCCGUGCGCUCCUCUGCCCCCCACCUCCCGGAUGUACCCCGGGCAGAGAGCUUCACCCCUCCUCUCCAGAUUGUCACAGAUCGUUCUCCAGCUUCAUGCGGCCGGGACUCCCCAGAGGAGCUCGAUGUGGACGAUUCAGCCCCAGACCCGAGCUCCAGCCCCCACUCCAUGGUCUCCUGCAACGAUGCUGAGGACGCGGACAACUCCAAGCAUCCCACAUCCAGUAAACUCCCUGUUAGCAUGCUGGUUCAGCUAGCUGCCAACCAAAGUCCAGGAUUAUCCGGAGCAGUGGGUCAGACUCUGCUCGUCACGGAUGUAGCCGACGUCCAGCAGUUUUUCCAGUUCCCGAGCCUUCGCACCAUGAGCAGAGUCAGCUGGUGUUUCUUGAACUACACCAAACCCAACAGCACCCAGGCUGCCGUGCGAAGCUCCGUCUACAACUCGUGGUGUGUGAGCUCAUACAACCCCAACCCUCUGAACCUCAGCACCAAAGCUGCGCUGACCCUGCUGAGGUCCAAACAGAGGAGGAACACUGACCACAUGUACACAACGGCGGCCAUGUCGCCACCCAGCUCUGGAAAACUGGUGUCAUCUGUGGCCUGGAAGCUGAGAUUUGAUCAGUUGAAGCCAGAGCUGAUGCCGGUUGAUGUCAGUAACUUUGGGAGGAAGAUGAAGGGAGUGGUGUCGUGGGACCGUUCGAAGGAGGAGCAGGUGGAGAAGGAGGUUUCGGUCAAGCAGCCCGCCAACGAACCGACCCGCAUCAAGAUCUUCGAAGGCGGGUACAAGUCCAACGAGGACUACGUUUAUGUUCGCGGCCGCGGUCGAGGGAAGUACAUCUGUGAGGAAUGUGGCAUCCGCUGCAAGAAGCCGAGCAUGCUGAAGAAACACAUCCGGACACACACCGACGUUCGGCCGUACGUCUGCAAGUUCUGCAACUUCGCCUUCAAGACCAAAGGAAACCUGACGAAGCACAUGAAGUCUAAAGCUCAUAUGAAAAAGUGUCUGGAGUUGGGAGUCUCCAUGUCUUCAGUCGAGGACAACGAGGCAGACGACGCCGACAUUGGAGAGGACGGUCAGCGGUCUGAGAAGAUGUCCAGAGGUGCGAUGGCAGAUCACCAAUUCUCAGAUGCCGACGACUCCGACGGCGGCGAGGAAGACGGCGACGAGGUGGACGACGAAGACGACGAGGAAGACGACUACGACGGCGACUCCACCCCGAAGACUCGUUCACGCUCCACCAGUCCGCAACCUUACGGCCUUCCCUCCAUGUCCAUCACAGCCGUGGCUUCCUCCCACCCGGCUCCUCACCUCUCUCAUCAUCACUCGGCGGCCGACCUGCUGGGUCACCAUGCCAACAAGCCGCCGCUGUUCGGCUACUUCACCACCGUGCCGAGCAUCCAGAUCACUCCGCAGGCGCCGCUCAGCGACCGGGAGCGAAGCCAGGCGGAGUACCACCGAAGCCUGCAGGGGGCGCUGGGCGGCAGGCUGCUGGCGCCUCCCUCCUCCAUGGACGAAGACCUCUCCAUCCCCUCUCCGGACCUCUCCUCGCCCUCCUCCCGCCUCUCCUCGCCAGGUUUGGACCACUCCGGCUGCCCAUCCCCCAUCUCUCCAUCGUCCUCGCCCUCGGCACGACGGUACCUCUCCCCACGUCGAGACCUCUCGCCUCGGGCCGGACACCUUUCGCCCAGAAGGGACAUCUCCCCUCUGCGUCACAUCUCCCCUAAGAGGGAGCUCGGAUACAGACGAGACCUCUCCCCCAGGAGGGGACAUCUCUCGCUGCUCUCCCCUCUCUCUCGGCCCACAUCGCCAGCAGGGAGGGACUACAAGCGCGACCUCUCGCCGCGAGGCCGCCACAAGGGGAUGAUCCGACCUGUUUCUCCUCGCAGGGGGCUUCACCACCAAAGCCAGCAGAGCGGAGCGCGAGGCCUGAGGCCGGUUCACCAGGCCGGUCUGCCGGGUCAGGCAGAGCUCAGCAAUGUGGGACGACACAGAGCCAGUACAGAAAUGGAGACGGAGUAUCGUCCGGGUUCACCGUCGCCAGGGGAACAGGAACAGGGCAAUCGCCAUGGCAACCAGUCCAGCCCACCUCACCAAGUUCUGUUCAGUCACCUUCCCCUCCACUCUCAACUCCAGGUGCGUUCGCCCUACCCGAUGAUCCCCAUCGGAGGGAUCCAGAUGGUACACUCCGUCCCCUCGUCCGUCACCACUCCUCUGGCCCAGCAGGGGGCGCAGCAGGCCGCGUCCCGCCUGCCGCUGCAGAAGAGCACGUCGGAGGACUCCACCACCAGCGAGGCUCCGCACUUCACCUCCGUCACCUCCGAGAGGGGAGGAAGAGGAGGAGGAGGCGAGAGGCUGAGGGAGCUGCCGUCACCUCACCCCUUCCUGCAGGAGAAGGAAGGAGGAGGAGGAGGAGGAGGAGGAGGAGGAGGAGUGAGGCUGGAGCAGGAGGAGAGCAUCCACACCUGCACCAAGGCCAUCGCCUCGCUCUGCAUCGACUCAGAGGAGCACGCUGAGAGGCGAGGAGGAGGUGGAGGAGGAGGAGGAGGCCCUUCAUCCUCCCCUUCUUCUCCUCCUGACUCCCAACUUCAUCAUCAUCAUCAUCAUCAGCAGCAGCAGCAGCAGCGCUCCUCAUCCAUCUCCAUGUCGGCUCCUUCUCCUCACCCUUCGCCAUCGCCUCCACAAGCUCCCGGGAUUCAGCACUUUACCGGCCUCGAGCUCAGGCCUCCCCACCCUUCCCCUUCAUCCUCGCCUUCCUCCUGCUCCUCCUCUUCCUCCCCUCAUCCUCACCCUCACCCUCAUCCUCACCCUCACUCUCCCAGCCCCGGAUCUGAAACCUCCAUCCAGCAGCAGCAGCAGCAGCAGCAGCAGCCUCCAUCUGCAGCGUCCAAACCUCUCAGGCUGGAGAGAGACAGGGAGGCGGCAGAAAGCACAAACAGGAGCAAAGACGUGUCGUAGUUCCUGCAGCAGAAGAAGAAGAAGAAGAGGAAGACGAAGAAGAAGAAGAAGAAGAGGAGGAGGAGGCGAUUAAUAAUAAUAGAACGGAUGGAUUUCUUCUGUAUUUCAUUCGUUUUUUGGAUAAUAGGAAGGGAUGAAGUGCAACAGAGAGAGAAACAAACACUUUUUUUGCACACUUUACACUCACAUAUUCUUCUAUUACACACAUGCACUCUCUCUCUCUCUCUCUCUCUCUCUCUCUCUCUCUCUCUCUCUCUCUCUCUCUCUCUCUCUCUCAUAUACAUACAAAG